CCGCUUCCAGGACUUUCAUGGAAGCUCUCAUGCGUUUUACAGGGCAGCAUGCUUCGCAGAGUUUGCGGCGUAUGAUACAUACAAGCGCCGCGCAGUUGAAACUUCAGCCACAAAACUUGAAAGGCAAGAGCAAAGCUUCGCAGGACUGGCUGACGAGACACCUUAAUGACCCCUAUGUGAAACAGUCGCGGUACGACAACUACCGAGCUAGGAGCGCUUAUAAGCUUGUGGAGAUUGACGACAAAUACCGUAUCCUGAAACCUGGCUGCACUGUCUUGGAAUGCGGAGCAGCGCCUGGAGCUUGGACACAAGUUAUCGUGGAAAGGAUCAACGCUAACGGAAAAGACCACACCACCACAAGAGGAACGGUCAUUGGCCUAGACCUUCUGCCUAUUGAUCCUGUCCCAGGUGCUACCUUCCUCCCCAACACCGACAUAUUGAAGCCCGAGUCCACAACAAAGGUCUUGCAAUGCCUCAGUGGCAAAUCUGCGGACGUUGUACUGAGCGACUUGGCACCAAAUGCCAGUGGUGUGAAAUCUCUUGACCACGAGGCCAUUGUCACACUUACAUAUGCAGCUCUCAUACUCUCCUUCAAAGUUCUCAGCAUUGGUGGUUCUUUCUUAUGCAAAAUCUGGAACGGCAGUGAAGCAGUCAAGCUCUCAGACGACAUCAGAAGGUUUUUCCAGUUUGUCAACUACGUGAAGCCACCAGCAAGCCGAAAGGAGUCUGCUGAGAUUUACAUCUUGGGUCGUGAAUUCAAGGGAGCCGAGAAAUAA